CUGGUUUCUGUUUCUUGGAUUUAAACACUGAAACUACACAGAAAGAUGUCUGGACCACCUCCUCCGGUGGUCCCAAGAAAGCCUUCAGGUGUCCGAGUCAUGAUACCUCCAGGAGACCAGCCUCCUCCUGGUGGCCUACCCAUCUAUAUGGAUUCUGGCAAAGAGAAGGGUGCAAGUAGGAGGUCAAAUCAAACAUCUCUAGUGAAUGCAGAGAGAGAAGUGGAGAUACUGAACCACUGCUUUGAUGACACAGAGCGAUUCAUGGCACGCUUGCAGCAGACUGCUGAGGCCCAGAGUGUUCUCAACCAAAGGAGGAAGAAUAGAAGCAGAAAGAGCAAGAAGAAGGAGGGCCAAGAAGAUGAUUUGUUGACCAUGAAAGCUUGCCCUCCAUCAGAGGAAGAAUUUGUGGACAUCUUUCAGAAAAUAAAGUACUCCCUCUGUCUGCUGGACCGUCUCAAGUCAUUCAUCACACAGCCUGAUGCACCAGAGCUACUGCAUCACGUUUUUGUGCCUCUUAGACUGAUGAUAAAAACCACUGGAGGCCCAGCAUUAGCUGCGUCGGUGGCCAGUCCUGCCAUGACCAGUGGUGCUGUUUCACUUCUACAGGAGCAUCUGACUGAAGAAGAAAGGGAGCAGUGGACUUCAAUAGGACCAAACUGGACUUCACCCUGUUCACACCUUAGUGUGUCUGUUCCUUCAUAUUCACCUGUCUUCUUGGAUGGGUGGAAGCCUCCGGCCUAUGACUCAACUGGCCAGCUUUUUGAAGAUCCUAUUGAGUCACAGCACAAACAAGAUGCUCUCAGGGAAAGUAGGGCGGCACAAACACUACAGCACCAAGCCCGACAGACAGCAGAGGGCCACGGUGAAGGCCCUAAUGAAGUAGAAGGAACGUGGCUCCCACCAGAGAAUGAGAGACUUUACUGCUGCAGUUAUGACUUUGUGGCGAGAAACAGCAGUGAACUCUCUGUGCUACAAGGAGAAACAUUAGAGGUAAUUGAGUCAUCUAAGCGAUGGUGGAAGUGUCGGAAUCGCUUUGACCAGAUAGGAUUUCUUCCCUUUAACAUCCUGGAGCCUCUGUCUGCUCUGAAUAACAGUGAAAUAGACAACUCAGUGGUACGCAGAGAGCCAAAGAAGGUGCCCAUUUCCCCACGGAAGUACCUAUCAUACGCUCCAUCAAGCCCAGUUGGGAAAGGUCCUGCUGCUAUAGGCCCAAUGCGACCACAGAGCAUGGUUUUACCAUCUACAACCAUGCAGGCAGAAGACAACGAGCGAGUGUUGAUAAUGAAUGAUGAGCUCCUUCAGCGGCUGGCAGGGAAAAGCAGCUCAGUUCGCCAGCUGGUGGUCCCCCGCACAGCCGACACUUCUCUACCCCUGAACUACCACUCACCGCCUGCCGAGGUGGAGGCCUGGCUAACCACCAAGGGCUUCAGUCAGCAGACCAUUCAGAGUCUGGGCAUUUUAAACGGAGCACAGCUGUUUUCCCUGAAUAAGGAUGAACUCCGCUCAGUGUCACCAGAAGAAGGUGCAAGAGUUUACAGCCAAAUUAUGGUGCAGAAGUCCCUUCUGGAGGAUGUGCACAAAGCCACAGAACUAGAGAAGGUGAUGGAGAAGCAAAAGCUGAAGAUUGAUCUCAAACCAGAGAGUGUUGCAAUGUGAAACAAUUUUACAACAUCCACUGAUACAGCUGAGGCAUCAAAGAUCAGCAAAGAUAAAUGGAUUUUGCACCUGUUUGCACAAAAUGAUGUGCAAAUGGAUUGAAAACUUUUAAUCAUACAUAGUGUUAUAUCUCACGUGCCACAGAUUUAUCAACAAAAGCAAACUGCGUUGAAAGAUAAAGCUCACUAACAAAUAUUCUUUACAUGUUUUUAAGACAGAGGGGCUUUAAACUUCAACUUCUCACCAUAGUUUACUAAAAUUAUUCUUAAUGUUGGAUAAAAAAUUUCAAUUUCUAUUAUUCUUUGUUUAGUCAAUAUUUGAAGCAUGAAAAUACACAAAUGCAAUAAACCCAAUCACAUAUUGAUGAUUAGUUUGAACAAUAAUGGACUGAAAAUGCUUUUUAGAGCAUUAAAAAAAAUAAAAAAAAUGCGUUCUGUUAAAAAUGUUUGACUCUACAGAAAAAAAAAUGUUUCAUUCAGUCAGUGUUUUUAUUGCUUGCACAUCAACCUGUAUUAAGACAAUGUCAC